AUGGCGCACCAAAGUGCCCUCGGGGACGGCAAUAUUAACGGCGCGCUCGACCCGCGUCUGACACAGAACCAGGCGCACUAUUAUCACCAUGUUGCGCCUGCCCCGGAUCCUAUGAGCUAUUACUCGCAGCCUCAGCCUCAGCCUGCGCCACAUGAAUUGCCCGUGCCUCCCCCGCCCGCUCAGGCCGAGAAGCGAUCUGCGCCAGAGCCGGUUGCAUCCGGGAGCGGCAGUAAGCGCCGGCGGACAACAAAUACUGAUCGUGUCGACGCCGACGAGGACGAUGAUGACGGCGACGCUACGGCGAAUGGAGGUGCCCGGCACUGGACUGACGACGAGAAGGGGACUCUGUUCGACUGGCUGAUGGGUCCCGGUAACGACGAUCAUUUUGAAGCGCUGCGCACAAAGAAGAAUACAUGUUUUCGAGAAUGUGCACAAGAGGCCUUCGGUGGACGCAAGACCUUUCUAGCCAUCAAAGGCUGUUACGAGCGUAACUUCGCCGUGUUCAAGAACGUAUACGCCUUCGAGGAGUUCACUGCGAACAUGCCGCCCCCGUCGAGUAUGGAUCCAGACAGCGAAGUCGACCGCGUUCGCGAAUUUGAGCGUCGCAUCUACGCUGCUCGCCGCGCCGGUUUUAAUCUGGGAAGCAUCACGAGCCGACUGUUGGAUCACUGGCAUGAAAUGGGCUGGUACAAGACCUUUCACGCUCGCUGGCAUAACGAUCCCAGCAUGAAGCGUCCGACGCAGGGCCAGAUUCAGGCGACGAACACGCCACAAAUGCCGCCUCAGACUGCUGCGGCGCCACAAAUGCAGUCUCAACAACCGCUUUCUCGUCCGCAGACCAUGGCGCCCCCUCCGCUCAACCACAGCCCAUCACCGCGGUAUCCUCCGGUAGAACCCACACCUCUGCGCACGGAUGUGAUGCAGAUGUCGGCGAUGGUGUCGCGUCCAGAUACCAUGAUGCACCACACUGCGCGAGAUGCUUUGAUGCAUACUCCGACGCGCGCGGACAGCUUCUCGCAUGGCCAACCUGGACGUUCGGAUAGCAUGAUGUCUGCUAUGCAUGAGCCGCUGCAUAUGCAUGAUGACUAUCAAGCCUCAAGCGAGACGCUUAGCCCGCCCGAGACGCCCGCGUUCGCUUAUGCACCUCCACCAAUUGUGUCCAUGGCUUCCAUGUCGUCCGUUCCAGAGACACCACGGCGGGUAUCGGUCAACGGUAUCGGGCAGCACCAGCAUCAGCAGCGCCAACCCUCUCCUCCACCGGCUCCCGCCCCUGCUCCUCUACCAAAUAACUCGUAUACCUCCACACCUAUAUCUGGUACCGGUGCGGGAUUCGGAGGCAGCAUGGACGCGCUCAGUGUAUUGAGCGAUUGCGUCAAACAGCUCUCGGCCCAGGUUCGCGAUAUAGCGGAGAUCGCGCGGCGCGCGGACGAGAGGGCUCGAACGAACGACGCGGCGGGCCGCGCAAAGGCGAAGAGCGAAACCGCUAUGGAGGUCCUUGCGAAUCCGCAUGUACCUGAUGAAUACAAGGCGGCUGCAGGGGAAUACCUGAAGAAGUUUUUCGCUAUGGACUGA